AUGCUUCAUUCCUUCAAACAUACCGCUCCGGCGCGUGUGCGAAGACCGAGUCAAGACGGCUAUCGACCACGCAACUCGGAGACACGGGCGUCAGAAGAGUUUAGACGUGCGGCGUAUCAAAGACAAAGCCUCGAUGUUCGACGACCUAGUCGGCAUUCAUCCUCUGACCUCUACCCGCCACGCCAAAGACGAGCAAGCGAGCCUGGACGCCACGCACCAAGUAGCCCCGUUCGGUUGACGACUUCGGUUGGACAAAUUAACGCACCUCUCGAAUCUCCCAAAGAAGAACGUACCACCGACACAAAUGAGGCGCCCCUCUAUACUCUCUCGCCAAGUACGAGUCCGACAGCGAUCGAGACUACACAGGGUUUGGAUGGAUCGGACUCACCUACUAUCCAGGCGUCCAUUGACAAGCGCGAAAUCAAUGAGCGCCCACCGCCAUUGCCAUAUUGCCUUUGGCAUCACAAACUCGCCAUUUGUAUCUUCUGGUUUCUGAUCAUAGCCGAGUCCUUUUUUGUGCCCAUUGCCCUCUACUACGGUUUGAUCUAUGGCACAAAUUUGCGCGAAGGAGCUCUCUUCGCAAUCAUAACCUCUGUCUUCGGCUUCAUAACCGGCUACGAAUACGCCUGCCGCGGCUACUUGUUGCUCAAAAAAUCCGACAAGUAUCGGCCCCUCAAUCUCUCUCCGCGCUUCUGGGGCUUCGACAGCCUCCACUGGCUCCUCUCAGGCCCCUACGCAGUCAUGACGGGCAUCCUCAUCGGUGGCUCAAUUCCGCAUCCACCACUGCAAAGAAUCCUUGCCACCCCGCUCCCAUUAGCUUUCAUUAUUGUUGGUAUCAUCUUCAUUAUCAACGGUGUAGCAGUUCAGCGGGGGUGGAGACUAAGGUAUUUCCGCAUGUCGUCGUAUCCCAAGGGCUCUGUGACACCACCGAUUACGUAUUCGAUCAUCGAGGAUGUUGUGGCGGUGGAUGGAGGAGGCGGGAAGAAAUAUAGAGCUGCGUUUCUGAUGAGGUACAACGCCUCUCCCAAAUUCAGGGCGCUGUUGAGGCAGAUGACCUGGUUUUGGGGUGUGCCGAGUCUGGCUGUUGGCGUAGCGUUGAUGGCGUUAGUGUUCACGGUACCGAGGGCGGUUGCCUAUGGGUUGGGCUGGAGUGUCCCUGCAAUUUGGGCCGGGGUGUGGACGGUCAUUACGAUAUUUUGGGUUAAGAGGGUGUUGAGGGAGGAGGAGAGAGAAUGGAAGGGCCCUGUUUGGGCAGAAAAUAUGAUUGAGGCAGGAGCAGGAGCAGGAGCAGGAGCAGGAGCAGGAGCAGGAGCAGGAGAAGGAGAAGGAGAAGGCUGUGCUGCAGAGGUAGAGAUGAGACAGGAAAACGGCGAGCCCGCCCCCACGACCGCCACUGUAUAA